AUGGCAACACAUUACAUCUCCAUUGUUGUUUUGAUUGUUUCCCUCGUUGCAAGUUCAACUGCAAACUCAGAAACAUUAUUAUCAGAUGUUAAUCUUCUCGAAUUUCCUCUUAAUUUAGAGUAUUUAGAGGCUGAAUUCUUUUUAUUUGGAUCAACUGGUCAUGGCUUGGAUAAAGUUGCUCCUGCGUUAGCUGAGGGUGGACCAACUCCUAUUGGCGCAAAGUUGGCUAAAUUCAAUGACACUGUGAUUAGAGAUAUUAUAUAUCAAUUUGCACUUCAAGAAGUUGGACAUUUGAGGGCCAUAAAGAACACUGUGAUAGGGUUCCCUAGGCCUUUGUUAGAUCUAAGUCAUUCCUCAUUUGCUAAGGUGAUUGACAAAGCUUUUGGACGACCUUUGCGCCCUUCUUUUGAUCCAUAUGCAAAUGAUAUCAACUAUUUGAUUGCGUCUUAUUUGAUUCCUUAUGUGGGUCUUACCGGAUAUGUUGGAGCAAAUCCACUCCUCCAGAAUGCUUCUUCUAGACAGCUAGUAGCCGGUCUUCUAGGAGUGGAGUCAGGUCAAGAUGCCGUUAUAAGAGGAUUGUUAUAUGAACGACGUGCAUGGAAGGUGACUCCUUAUGGAAUAACUGUGGGAGAGUUCACUGAUCGCAUUUCAAAGCUUAGGAAUGUAUUAGGUAACGAAGGUGUGAAAGAUGAGGGACUUGAUGACACAUUUUCCUCUGGAAGUAUUCUUGCUGGUGACAAAUAUUCACUAGCAUAUUCAAGGACUCCAAAAGAAAUUUUGAGGAUUGUAUAUGGAAGUGGAAAUGAAACUGUCCCGGGAGGCUUUUACCCUAAAGGAGGAAAUGGCCAUAUAGCAAGAUCUUACUUAAAAUAA